UCACUCCAUUCAACCACUGUCACACAAAAAACACUCUUUCUUCUUCAUACCUCUCUCGUUUUCAUUACUCCUUAAACUCUUGCUUUGUUUCUUUGUCUCAAUCUUGUUUAUCAUUGAAUCUUCAUUAUUCCUGUUCCUCACUUUAAUGUAACUGCAACUUCAUUUUCUUUGUUCUGCUUCAACUUGUUCUUGUUAUUGUUCCUUUUUGAAGUCUCUUUGCAGAAAGAUGUAAUUUUGAUUUCAGAUUAAACUACCCUUUUGCUUUUCAAUUAAUGUCUGAAUCCUCAAAAGUGUUUUAAACGAAUCCCAACAUGGUCUCAGUCAUGGAAUCUCGCUAAUCUAGCUGCAUCUUUGAAUGUUCUCUUCUGUUUAUGAAUAUUCUUCUUAGAGCUUUUAUACUAUAGAAAAUGCAGGUUGUGAUUAUGGGUUUUCGUUAAUUUUUAUUCUAUUGCCCUCCAUAGCUAUAAAUUCAUAACUUUUAUUUGAUUAACUUCACUUUGAAUUUGAGUGUGUGUGAGAGAGUGUAACAUGUAACUUGUUUCUAGGUGUAAAUUUUGUUCCUUUUGAUAUAGCAUAUGGAGGGUUUUUAUUGUAAUCUAGAACAAGGGUAGUUUUGGAUCUUGGUUUUGUUAUGGUUCAGUGUUUCUUCUUGUGAAGUGUUUGUUCUGUUGGAUAUGUAAUCCAAGUACUUUUUGUUCAAUUACUGACUAGUUCAUUUCUCAUUCAUUACACAAUAUAUGCAAAAGUUGUUCAUAGAUUCUUUGAAAAUGUAAAUACUUUUUUCUGGAUUUCAUUCAUUCAUUUACUUCACUAUGAGUCUGGUGUGCUCAACAAUCAACAAAUAACUCCAGCUUCUAGCUUUUCUGUUUAGGAUGAUGUUAUGUAGAAUUCUCGUCUCCCUGCCCGGAGUUAUGUUUUAUUUUCGUGUAUGCGGCUUUAAAUAAGCACUGUUUUUUUACCUCUAGAGCUCUCUUGAAUUGAGUCAGAAAAAUCAGCAUCUUCCAAUUGCAUAUUUUUCAUCUUCUUUCCUUAUAAGAUCAAUCAAUACUAGUUCAUUGGCACUAUUCAAAGACUUUCAUGGAAGAAACAUUUGUUCCUUUUCGCGGAAUUAAGAAUGAUUUCAAAGCAAGAAUUAUGUGCUACAAACAAGAUUGGACUAGUGGAUUCCGCGCAGGUGCAAGGAUCCUUGCACCAACUACAUACAUAUUUUUUGCUUCUGCAAUUCCUGUUAUAUCAUUUGGCGAGCAACUCGAGAGAACUACUGGUACACAAAUAUUUUUCAGGUUCAGUCUCUUGGUGUUUGUUUAUGUCAUAUUAUAUGCUAAGAAGUUAUAUUAUACAGAUGGAACUCUCACUGCUGUGCAGACUCUUGCAUCAACUGCACUAUGUGGUAUUGUCCACUCGGUUAUUGGAGGGCAACCUCUCCUCAUACUAGGUGUAGCCGAGCCAACCGUUUUGAUGUAUACAUUCAUGUACAAUUUCGCAAAGGAUCGUGAGGAUUUAGGACACAAAUUAUUCUUGCCUUGGACUGGAUGGGUGUGCGUUUGGACUGCACUGUUGCUGUUCUUGCUGGCUAUUCUCGGUGCAUGCUCCAUAAUCAACCGGUUCACGCGCCUUACCGGUGAACUAUUUGGUCUGUUAAUUGCAAUGCUCUUUAUGCAGCAGGCUAUAAAGGGACUUGUGGAAGAGUUUGGUGUACCAAAGACACAGACAGAAGGUACCAAUCAGAUUGCACUUCAAUCCUCUUGGCUGUUUGGCAAUGGAAUGUUUGCUUUAGUUUUGUCGUUCGGCCUUCUUUUUACCGGUCUGGGAAGCCGCAAGGCUAGAUCCUGGCGUUACGGGACAGGUUGGCUACGAGGAUUUAUAGCUGAUUACGGAGUCCCCUUAAUGAUUCUCGUAUGGACUGCUGUAUCUUACAUACCUGUCAACAAGGUCCCAAGGGGAAUCCCGAGGCGACUUUUCAGUCCAAAUCCAUGGUCUCCUGGUGCAUACUCAAAUUGGACUGUUGUAAAGGAAAUGUUGAAUGUGCCUCUAUUGUACAUUAUUGGAGCAUUUAUACCAGCAACUAUGAUUGCCGUGCUUUACUACUUCGAUCACAGCGUUGCAUCACAACUCGCGCAGCAAAAAGAGUUCAAUCUAAGAAAACCUCCAUCUUAUCAUUAUGACUUACUACUCCUCGGAUUUUUGACCUUAUUCUGCGGGCUUAUUGGAAUCCCUCCUUCCAACGGUGUGAUUCCACAAUCUCCAAUGCAUACCAAGAGCUUAGCUACUCUAAAACAUCAGAUUUUACGGCAUAAGCUUGUCUCUACUGCACGAACGAGCAUGGGGAAAAACAUGAACCUGAGUCAGUUUUACGAAAGUAUGAAAGAAGCAUAUGACGUAAUGCAGACGCCAUUGGUUUCCCAAAUGCCAUCCACCUUGGGGCUGAAAGAGUUGAAGGAGUCUACCGUUGCACUUGCUUCAAGUCAUGGAUACAUUGAUGCUCCUGUUGAUGAAAUCGUCUUUGAUGUGAAUAAGGAUGUUGAUGACCUUAUGCCAGUCGAAGUUAAAGAGCAGCGACUCAGUAAUUUACUGCAGGCAUCAAUGGUUGCGGCUUGUGUUGCUGCUAUGCCUCUUUUGAAGAAGAUACCAACUUCGGUGCUUUGGGGUUACUUUGCCUUCAUGGCUAUUGAAAGCUUGCCGGGAAAUCAGUUUUGGGAGAGAAUAUUGUACCUUUUCACUGCUCCAAGUCGAAGAUACAAACUGCUGGAGGAACACCAUGCCACUUUUGUUGAGACUGUGCCUUUGAAAGCAAUUGCUCUGUUUACUCUGUUCCAGACAGCUUACUUGCUUCUCUGCUUUGGCAUAACCUGGAUACCAAUCGCCGGGGUCCUCUUCCCGUUGUUAAUCAUGCUUCUUGUCCCGGUUCGGCAAUAUUUUCUUCCUCAUUUUUUCAAAGGAGCCCAUCUACAAGAGUUGGACGCCGCAUCAUACGAGGAAGCACCGGCCAUUGCUUUCAACAUGUCCUUUGAUGACCUAAGUAACCAUGGAAAUAUGGCCAAUGUCAGUGGUGGAGAAAUUCUUGAUGAGAUUAUCACGAGGAGUCGCGGAGAGAUACGUCGCACUCAAAGCUCUAAAGCAUCUAGUUCAUCUGCAACACCAAUAGGAGGAGAUAUAAGGCCUGCUAAUAGCCCGCAAAUAUCACGAACGAUUCCUAGCCCUCGAGUAACCGCAUUGAGAGGGGAAAGCAGCAGCGCAGGAUCAAACGGAAAGGAGUUAAAGUUAAAGCAAAUUCCUUGAAAAACAUCCAAAUGAUACACAACUUAAAAGCUAAAAUGUAUCUUUAACAGAUUAUACUAGUACUAAGUGAUUAUAGUAGUACUAAGUGAUGUUCUAUAGGGUUUUUUUUUUUUUACAACAACAAAACAUCGACAUCUUCUUGAUGUCUUUCUUUGUUUCCUUUUAAUCCUAUUCCUUACAAUAUAUAAAAUGGGCAGGAACAUUUUCAA